AUGACUUCCCUCUAUUCACAUAAAGAAGGAUCACCUCCGCCAUUGCCCAGUCGACGUCAGCAAGCUCCUCCAAAACCACCAAAACUUCCUCAAAGAAGAUACCAAAACGACGAGGAAGAGGCUCCACCCUUGCCCAGGAGAAGCCAGUCACCUUUUGAGGUGAAUUUGGUCACACCAGUCAUUCGAAAACGAGAACCUCCAAUAAAACCGAAAGCAUCAAAACCAACAUUAAACGCUGAAAAGAGACCACAAUAUGGUGCUAACGACACAAAAGUGGUCAAUGAUGAUCGCAAAUUGAAAACGAACGAAAGUGACGCUGAAACUACUAAAAAGACAUUUAACAAUACAUCGUUUGGGACUAAACCAGCUACCAAGUACAAGUCUUUUCUCGAUCUUGAACAGCAAAUAAAGACAGGACAACGAAUUGGCGAGUCAAAUGAAAAGACACCCAAACCGACUGCCCCGAAAAAACCUGCCAAAAUUGCACACACACCUCUGGAAGAACAGAAGCCUGAGAAAGCCACGAAAGAGCCUGCAAAUGGUCCUUUAAAAGGUCCUGGGUUUAUUGCGAAGUCAUUCACGAAAAUCACAAGCCCAGCUCGUGCCUCCGAGACAGAAAAACCUAUAGAUUCUGAAAAUUUCAGAGGGUCAGAACCACCAGAAUCCAAAGAACCACCCAAAGAGCCAGUAAAAGGGCCCGGAUUCAUUGCAAUGUCCUUCACCAAAGAAAGUCUUCCUCACAAACCAAGACCUCAUGUGGGUCCCAAGCCUGACAUAAAAGAAAGUUCCACAUCACAACCUUCUGAAACCACAGAACAGAAACCACCAAAGCCAAAACCUAGAAUUGGAGCCAAGCCUCCACUGAAGACAAGUGAAGCACCAACAGCAGAAAAAGGCCCUGGGUUUAUUGUAAUGCCGUUUACCAAAGUUGCGGCUCCCAGCAAUCAAGAAAGACCACUGAAACCCCAGCCUUUGACUUCGAAAUCUCAGCCAUUGGCUCCCAAGACACCUCCAAAACCAUCGAAACCAGCAUCCCCUGCUGCCUUAAAGACUCGUUCCAUUUCAAUCGGAGCACUGGCACCAACUAACACCGAAGCAAUUGGUGCACUCUCAAGACUCAAACCUACCAAACCAGUCCAGAAUUCGAGCAAGCAUAUCACUCUAAAUGAGAACAAAUCUAGUGACAGUGUCAAUUCCAAAUCAUCGUUAUCAUUCAAUGAUCAUCUUUCGUCGCUUCUCAAAACCAACACUUUGCCAAGCCUUUCUGCUGCAGAGAAGCCGCAACCACCUCAAAGGUCUACAACUUUACCCGACAUUACUGGUCCUGCAAAAAUCACCCACGCAAACAAGAAGAGGGCAAAGGGCCCCAAGAGAAGACUUCCUGGUAAAUCCUCGUCAAAUACUUCUAAAGGGUCAAUUUCUUCCUUGUCAUCUACACCAACGUUGCUGCAAAAAGCACCAUUAGCAACAUUGAAAAAAACAUCACCAGUGGUCAAAAAAACACCUCCGCCCGUCAACAAGGCUUCUAAACCUAAGGUUGCAUCCAAACCAGACCCCAUUGUCGUAAAUAACUAA